GACAGAUCCUCCCCUACUAGAUGCCUUCAUCAUGGAUAAAGCUCUAUUGGACUAUGAAGUCUCCAUCGAUGCCGAGUGUAAACUAGCGACUGUGGGCAAGCCUUUUGCUAUAGAGGGGUAUGGUAUAGGUGUUGCCCAAGGCUCUCCUCUCACUGCCAACAUGUCUGAAUUCAUCAGUCGCUACAAGUCAGAAGGGUACAUGGACAUAUUACAUGAGAAAUGGUACAAGGUGGUGCCAUGUGGGAAACGAGUGUUCACUAACACUGAGAAUUUAUCGAUGGGGAUAGAUCAUUUCUCAGGCCUGUUUGUGAUGUUGUGUGUGGGGGUGGUUGGAGCCAUUUUUACCUUGGCAGCUGAACACACCUUCUAUCACCUAGCCCUGCCCCGGCUACGGCGGUCACACACACUCACCUACUGGUUGCAUACCAGCCAGAAGAUCCAUCGAGCCCUGAACACCCCUUACAAGGACGUAGGGAAAGAGUUGAUUGGCCUGGACCACAAUCCCUCCCCUUGUGUCUCUGACAGCUGCAGCCUCCACAGACACCAGCAGCCUCGCCCUCCUCCUCCCCCGUCUUCCCCCCUGCCUGCCCCCCCUUCCUCCUCAGCCCUCCUCUCCUGCCCGGGACAUCAAGGAGAACAAGAGGGUCCACUUUGAUCUGGAGAGUCUACACAGCUACCGUCUACACACACACACCGCCUCAUUCUGGGGACGUCCUGGCAUGGUGGGGCGACACGGCCUGGGAGGGUGUCUGGGUGGUUUAUCUCCUCCUCAGGUUAGCCUGCAUGCUAACGGUGGCCCAGCAUCGGCCCUGGCCUCCCCCGGCCUGGUCCUGCCUCCUCUGGGGAACCCAGGCAACCAGGCCUUCCUGUGGGAGGGAGAGCUCCAGGAGGUCCAGGGGAGGAUCGAGACGUUCACAGCCCAGCUGAGAGACGCCGUGGCCAGGAGGGCCGAGAUACAGACCUGCCUGGAGAACCAUAAAAUGAACCAGAGCACAGAUACUGCUGUCAAACUGGAGAAAGACAAGGUUGGCCAGUCACAAAGCCUGGAGAGAGUGAGAACCAACGCAGAGAAAGAUAGAACCAAGGAAGAGAGAGAGGGGAUCAACCAGGAGAAAGGGAGGUGUGGCAGAUCAAAUCUCUGUUGCAGCCUGGACAGAGACAGAGACAGAGACAGGACAAGCAGGGACAGUUCCACUAUGAGACAAACAGCCAGACAGGACACAGACAGGGACAGACUGUUACACCAAUCAGAAACUGAGAGAGACCGAGAUGACCAAUCAAAAAGCAUGGACAGAAAUGGGAGCAGCCAAUCACAUUCCUCCAACAUUCUGCAGACAGGGAGGAACAGCCAAUCAGAAGCUCUGACCAUCCUACAGAGGAGGAGAGAGAUCCAAUCAAAAACCUCCACCAGCCUGGACAGAGAGACAACCAACCAAUCAGGUGCUGUCAAUACACUGCAGGGAGAAAGAACUGUCCAAUCACGUAACUCCACCAGUCUGGAGAGAGGAAGAGCCAGGCAAUCAGGUGCAGUGAAAGACCAGGAGAGGGGGAGAACUGUCCAAACACGGACAGGGGCUGGUCUGGACAGACUGAGAGCUAGCCAAUCCAGUGCCUGCACUGGGAAUCUGGUUAGAGAACGUCCCGCCCCCAUGGACACCCAGAAGAGUUUGUGUUAGUCGUUUGAUUGGUUAUUUAUUAGAACACAAAAGACCAAUUAGAGGGCUGGAAAAGAAUCUGACAGGUCCAAAUGAUGAUGAGUUUUAAAAAACAAUGACAGAGAUGUGGCACUGGUCCAUUUGCCUCUGAUGUCAACGGCUGCUGUCUGUUAACAAAAUGUCUGAUCAGAACUUUACCCAUCUACUGUUUGUCUCCACUAGGUGUGUUUCCUUUUUGUUUCUAACUACUAAUAGCUCUCUCUCUUCAUCUCGUACCCCUGGGUUGUGUUCACUAGGAACCAAACAGAACAAAACGGGAAGGGACCUACCUGAUUUUGUCCAAUAGAAUCUCUCGUUUUUGUUGCAGAAAGUUUUUCUGUUUGGAGCGAACGGUUUCCGUUGCAAUGGUUUGUGAUUAAUGUAUACACCCCAGGUCUGUAGUCAGUUCUCGGUGGGUCAUUCAAGGUACACAUGGGGCUCCUAAAUGUUCAAUCAAGUGCUAUUUCCACCCGACCGGGUAAGAAUCGGCUAUCCCAGAGGGCAAACUACACGUGUCCACUGUCAUUGUCAUGACUGAUCCUCUAUAAGGACCUUGAGUUGGUUUGAUACUAUGCAGUUGAAUUGAAUUUACUUUAAUGGAAUUUGUAUGUUGGAUGUCAUGGUGGUGUCAAAUGUAUGUAACAAAAGUCGAACCUGGAAGUGGAUGAAUUAGGUGGACGUGGAAAGACAGAAGGCGGUUGUAUUUGAGCCUAUAGCAGGUGUUUUAGAAGAGAUGCAGGUUGUUAGGUGACCUGUAGAGGACUGAGGAGUGUUGUAGAUCUGAUGUUCUGGUGUUGAUGGGUCGUGUUCGGUGUCCCAUAAUGCUGCCUAUAACAACAGCUAUAUGUCUCAUUCUCACACACAACAGAAUUGUAUCAGCAUAUUAUUGGGACUCGUAUCAUGUUGUUGUAUAUCAAUUCCAUAUUUUUAAAUUAAACAUUUAUAUACUGGU